AGCAAAUUGUAAAACCAAAAAGAAGGGUUGAAGUAAAAUAGCGGCAAAUCAUAGCAAGACAACCGAGUGCACUAGAACAUUUGCAUGUAUGUAUAGCAACUCAUUACCAAUUGUUAGCGCAAGCCACGCAGUUCGCAGUCAACGUCAAGACCGUAAUUAAUAAAAAUGCAUAUUUUGAAACUGUGUUUUUUUUUGUAAAUACAUACAUAGAUACAUAAUAUAUGUACAUAUAUGUAGGAGCAGGCAAAAUCGCAGAUGCUUAGCCAAAAACAAGACAAAAAAAAGCGUGGUAAAAAGGAAACAUAUCACACUUCAUUUAGAUAAAUUCGUUCAAACAUGGCUUCACGAGGCUGCAAGUAUCCUGCAGAUGCAUUUUGUUAUGUCUGCGGAUAUUUUAUCAAAACAAGAGCGAAUAAGUACUCUUUGGAAACAGGUUUUAAAAUGUGCGAAGCUUACAAUGCUUAUUUCGGCAUGCCUGUGGGUGAUCAAGACAAAUCCUGGGCACCUCAUUUCGCGUGUGAAAACUGCAAAAGGACUUUGGAAGGAUGGUACAGAGUGGAAAAGAGAGCUAUGAAGUUUGCUGUGCCAAGAGUUUGGAGAGAACCCACUGACCAUUCAAGCAACUGCUUUUUCUGCAUGGUGGACCCUUCCAAACGUCGGACUGGCAAAAAAGCAAGUCAAAUCAUGUAUCCUGACAUUCCUUCAUCCAUGGCUCCAGUUCCACACAGCUCUGACCGCCCCGUUCCUACUCCUCCAGAGAAAGAGCAGGUGUCUUCCUGUGAGAGCCCUGAUUCCAUGAGUGUGGAAGACAAUGAAGGUGAAGGAUUUAAUUUACUAGCUGAUAACAAAAACCCAUACUAUCCCAACCAAAAGGACAUGAAUGAUUUGAUCAGAGAUCUUGGUCUAACCAAGUCCGAUGCUGAACUUUUGACGUCCAGACUGAUGCAGUGGAAUUUGCUGGAUCCUAGUGUUAAAGUCACAUGUCAGAGGAAGCGUCACGAACUUUUGUCGAAAUGUCGAAAAACCACCCGCUUCUGAUUUACUUUUAUGUUUUUGGUUUUCU